AUGAACGGGGACCUGAGCCUUUCUCAGGCCCUGGGCGGAUUGCGCAUCGCCAACCCUGAUGACGCCGCCGAGGCUGUUCAUACUUCUUCAACGUCUCCUUCUGGGCUCGAUUCUACUGCUCACAACACGCCCGUCUCCGCUUCCACAUCCACAUCCAUCCUCCCAUCCACGCCCCAACCGACAACCUCAACCACCACACCUUCGCCCUACGAUGCUAUUCGCCUCGAUCCUAUAGACGCUGGUGUCGAAACUUUACUUACCGACCCUCGACUUACUCCAUCCGCUCAGUCUUCCGACCUUACACCAGAACCAAGUCCCUCUGCAGGACCUCCGAACUCAUUCCCUCAAGCUGAGGUGUCGAGGUCCUCCGUUUACGGCAUGUCCAACGUGCCCGAAUCGGGCUCUACCACUUCUUACCCCGUGAGAGAGUCCAGCCGACGAGACCCCCAACGAUUUAACAACUCGAGUCGACCGGUAUCAGGACUGAAUCCAGGCGGCGGUAGUCCUUUACCACCCCGAAGGAGCUCGAGAGGGAUGGGGGUCGGCUAUACUCCUGGUCCUGGAGGACAACAACCGAAUCAGUCACAUGCUGGUGACGCGCCAGCUCCAACCAGUAGAGAAGAAUGGCAAGAACGUGGAGCUGCCGUGGGUGUUCGUCGCGAGGUCGAUGCGAAUGGACGCACUAUCGUCCGUCAGGUCAAGAAGGGCGUCCGCGACUUCUCAUUUGGACGUGUUCUUGGGGAGGGCUCGUACAGUACAGUCUACAUGGCGACCGAUCGCCAGACCCUCAAAGAGUAUGCCGUAAAGGUCCUUGAAAAGAGACAUAUCAUCAAGGAGAAGAAGAUUAAAUAUGUCAACAUCGAGAAGAACACACUGAACCGACUAACCGAGCACCCUGGCAUCGUCCGAUUGUACUAUACGUUUCAAGAUGAGACGUCACUCUAUUACGUUCUCGAUCUAUGCAAUGGUGGAGAGCUUCUGGGUGUCCUCAAGAAAACGGGCACUUUCGACAUAGAGUGCACCAGAUUCUAUGGAGCACAAAUCCUUGACGCCAUUGACUAUAUGCACUCACGAGGUGUCAUCCACCGAGAUCUAAAACCCGAGAACGUCUUACUAGACGAACAAAUGCAUGUCAAGAUCACCGAUUUUGGAACCGCUAAGCUACUCAAAGACCCUCGCGAAGAUCCAUCGGCCGCACCAGCCAGUGGCGCACCAGACCCAGGACAACCUGAAGAUGGCCGUGCAGCAUCGUUUGUCGGCACUGCUGAAUACGUGAGCCCGGAGCUUUUGACACAUAAGAACGCCUGUAAGGCUAGCGACUUAUGGGCAUUUGGCUGUAUUGUAUACCAACUCCUGGCUGGUCGACCUCCUUUCAAGGGAGGUAGUGAGUAUCUCACGUUUCAAAAGAUUGUCAAUCUCGAAUACGAAUUUCCUCAUGGGUUCCCUGCAGCAGCCCGGGAUCUUGUAGAGCGCUGCUUGGUCCUCGACCCAGCCAGACGACUCACUAUUGAGCACAUCAAGAACCACGAGUUUUUCGAUGGACAUCCAUUCGGAAAAGGACUCUGGAGGACCAAGGCACCUCGUUUACGCCCAUACAUAGCCCCCUCUCAAGAACCCCAGGUCAUACAACUAAAUGGCUUUUCCAACGCUUCCAAUGCGAUUGGUCACACGAGACCACCACCUCCCCCUCAAGCGAACACUUCCAAUGGGAGCAAUCGGCCUUCUAGGCUGAUAACAGAACUGCCUCCACCUACACAGCUUGAUAUCGAAUGGUCCCCCGUUCUGACUAAGAAUAACGAGCGAAUUCUCAAGCUGGGCGACCUAAUGGUUGUCUCAACGCCCUUGCCUUCGAGCCCACAUGGAAAAGAACCCGGAGAAGGACAUAAGAAGUUGUCUCGUUUCUUUAUCGGGAGCACAACAAAGAAGCGUCAACGGCUGGUCAUGAUCACAUCAAGUGGGCGAAUUGUGCUUGCACCGGCUGGUGGGGAGGAGAAGCGAGCAAAGCAAGAGCUGUCUUUGCUCGGUUCAGAUUGCUCGUGGAAAACCCAAGUGGAUGCUAAGGGCCAAACAGUAUGGUGUGUUAAUACGGGCGGUCACCACUAUACGUUUGAAGAGGCCAAGUCGUCUUCCAUUCCUCCGGAAGGUGGUUCUGCUGCCGCUGACUGGAUCGAAUGUUUGGAGCGAGCCAGAGACAUUGCUCUCUCUCAAAGCAUGACCACUUACGAUGGCGAUGGUGGAUUUGCCGAUUUGUCCUCUCAAGUUUCAAGCCCAGGAAGCGCGAUAGGCGGCCCAGGCAACUACUCGGAGGGUUUCGGCAUAAGUGACCGACAAGGACGGAACCACCUGAGUAAGAACCAGGGGAACUCUGAAGAUCCUGCCCCGAAACGUAAUCGUUUCAGUAAGAGACAAUCAAGGAACGGCCUAGGCUCUGCAUUCUGA